UUUGCAUUGGAAAAAGUCAUCCACUGAAGACGCUUCAAGAAAGAAUGUGCGGCUGCAUACUUGAACUCCUUCAUGCUGCACUCUGAGGAGCCGGUGCCAGAGAAGAGUCAGCAUGGACGUGGAAGACUUCCCUCCCCCACCUCCUGAAAUGUUGGCGGACAAUGACUCGUAUGAAGAGGAGGGAGAGGCCUUUGAGUUUGAUGACAGUGGAGAUGACGUUCCUGAGGCUGACCGGUUACCUCCUCCUGCUCCUCCAGUGUUUAUAGCCCCCAGCGCAGAGGAUCACAGUGAGGAAGACUUACCUCCACCUAUCACCACGGAAACAGCCCCAUCGCCCGAAGAGUCAACAAUCAGCAACAGCCAGUGCCUCUCCACGGGGGGAGAGGUGUUAGCAGGAGAGCACACGUCUGUAGUUGAAGACAAAGAUGCAGAUUUACCCCUACCACCUCCUCCCGAAGACACGGAGAGAAAUGAAGAAAAAACAGUCAAGGAAAUCUCUUCACCACCACAAGAAGACAUCAUUCCUCAGACAGCCCCGUCCCAGGGAAAAGUCAACCCCUACUCUGUGAUUGACAUAUCUCCGCUCCAAGUGCAGCAGCUGGAGCAGACGCAGCAUGGCCCCUCCUCCCCCGCCUCCACCCCCACAGAGCCCAAAGCUCCAACAGAGCUCCACCCGAGUCCUGCCGGCAUCACCUCAGGCUACUCAGUCCCCGUGCCCUGUGGUUAUGCGACACCCUCCAGUGUGCCUCUCAUCACCCCAGCAUACACCACACCCGUCAUCAUUCGACACCUCUCUAUGGAUGAAGAAGUCACAGUGGUUGGGACUGGCAGCACAUCUGUUGACAGUGUUUUUAGUGAAGAGUAUCCCCCCAUUAGAGAAGAGGAUGCUUUGGCUAAGUGGGUUUCAGAUCCGGCGAACACUGCAUGGAUGGAAAAUCCUGAUGAAGUGAUUUAUGAUGAUGUGCCAAGGGAAAACUCUGACACAGAGAAUGAAGAGAUGAUCUAUGAUGACGUUGAGCUUGGCGAGGAGGGGGGAGGUAGUAGUCUGGACAAUGGCUGGAGCUCCAGUGAGUUUGAGAGCUACGACGAGGCCAGUGAUGGAGAAGGACGCCAUGACAACGGUGUACCCCAUGCCUUUAUGAGAGGGCGGCAACCCCAAAAGAAAACACAUAUGCAGAAGUUGGUGAAAGCAGCAAAAGAAGGGACCAAAGAUGGACUUGAGAAAACCAAAGCUGCUGUGAAAAAGGGACGUUCUUUUAUCAAAACGAAAUCCUUCUGUAACGAGAGAAAGUCUGACUGUUUCGAAGGCGAGGCAGAGCUUUUCAUAGAGGUGGACUGUUUUAAUGUUGAACCGGUGUUGUGUCCAGCACCAGAGGGCCUUUCACAACAACAGCUUGUUAGAAGAUGUAUCUUGGGGUCUAUCCUGGAAAGUGAGAAGAACUACCUUGAAGCUUUAAAGAGGAUAUUGGAGCAAUAUGAGAAGCCCCUGACCCAGAUCGAGCCCCGGCUGCUGAGUGACAGGAAGCUGAAAAUAAUCUUUUACCGCGUGCGAGAGAUUCUGCAGUGCCACUUCUUGUUCCACAUAGCACUGGCGAGCCGAGUGGCAGAGUGGGACAGUCUGGAGAUGAUCGGAGAUGUGUUUGUGGCAUCGUUUUCAAAGUCCAUGGUACUAGAUGCCUACAGUGAAUAUGUAAACAACUUCAGCACCGCAAUGGCAGUGGUGAGAAAGACUUGCACAGCCAAACCUGGUUUCCUAGAAUUUCUAAAGCAUCGUCAGGAGACCAGUAUGGACAGAAUGACUUUGUAUGGCCUAAUGAUGAAACCUAUACAACGAUUUCCACAAUUUAUAUUACUACUCCAGGACAUGUUGAAGAACACACCUGUGGGCCACGCAGACCGCCUACCUCUGCAGAUGGCCCUGACUGAAUUAGAGACUCUGGCUGAUAAGCUGAAUGAAAAGAAAAGGGAAGCUGAUCAGCGCUGUGAAAUACGGCACAUUGCAAAAGCUAUGAACGAACGUUAUCUCAACAAGCUUCUGAGCAAUGGCAGCCGAUACCUAAUCCGCUCUGAUGACAUGGUAGAGACGGUGUACAGUGAUCGAGGUGAAAUCAUCAAAACCAAAGAGCGCCGUCUCUUUCUGCUGAAUGAUGUGCUCAUGUGUGCCACGCCUAAUGUCCGGUAUCUGGACGGCAGUGGGAGCGGUACUGGGAAUGUGUCCCUAGACCAGAGGUUCCUGCUGAAGUGGAGCGUGCCUUUAAACCUGGUGGAGGUUUUGGAGUUUGGAUCCAGUGAGGACAUGCCUGAGAACAGCCGCUUCCAACCGCCUCAUUCUGGGGAGAAGGUGGUCAUCAACGCAAAGCCAAACAAACUAUACAUGGGUCCAGGACAGCUGUAUCAAGAUUUACAGAAUCUAAUCCAUGACCUCAGCCUGGUGAACCAAAUAUCCAGCAUGAUAAGCAGCCUCAAGGGGAACUACCAGAAUGUGAACCCCACAGUGGCGCAGGACUGGGUGUCCGGUCUGCAGAGGCUCAUCCUGAAGAAGGAAGAGGAGAUUAGGGCAGCUGAUCGCUGCAGGAUCCAACUCCAGCUGCCGGGCAAACAAGACAAGUCUGGUAAAGCCACUUUCUUCAGUGCAGUAUUCAAUACUCUGAGCCCAGCGAUCAAACAAUCUUGGAUCAGUAACUUGCAAAUGGCAAAGUUGGCUCUAGAGGAGGACAACACACAUGGAUGGUUCUUUGCAGAGGACGAUGGGAAUCAAAUCAAAAAGCAGAAGCACCCUCUUCUCCUCAAACAAAUGCCUGUGGUAAUGUCCAAACUACAAGAGUUCAAAGUGGAAUGUGCAGUCCACAACCCAGAGCCUCACAUCAAUACAGAGAGCACUGCUGAUAUGCCAGUCCUGGGACAUGGAUGUGUUUGGGUUGCAAGUUGUACCAAUCAGAUGGGACAGAUAGCUAUUGUAGCCAUGCAGAACUCCAGUCCAAAGGUCACAGAGUGUUUUAACGUGGAGUCUCGUAUCCUGUGCAUGGCCUACAUCUCCGCUGAGCAGCCCCAGGAGAACGGAGAGACU